AUGAGCACGAGCACGCGCAAAAAGAGUCUGACGACUGGGAGUGCGUCGUCUGCAUCGAUCAGCGUCGAUACUGCGCUUCACAUUGACACCCCCGUGGCCAUGAACACGAUGCUCAACAAGCAGGCCGCGACCUCGCUCUACCAGCAGUGUCUUGCGCUCAGAAACAGACUCCUCCGCGUCCAUGACUUUGCUCCGUAUCUUUCACUCAUCGACAAGCACACCGAGCUCGCCAGUCUCGACGUUGUCCACCGGCUUUGGCACACACUCGCCCUCGGGACGCCCCUCUGCUUCCUCUACAAUCUCCUGGACAUGCCACGCACAGACCGGCUCAAUGUAAACACCGACCCAGACGAAAUCGACCUGUACGAGCAAGAUCCCGACGCCGCCCUCAAGGCAAAGAAAAAGGCCGCGGCUUUUUUCAUCAUGGGCAUCCAGAAACUUAAGAAUGCCGGUAAAUGGACAGACGACAUUGAGCUAUUUACCGUGACCGAGCUCACCAAUCUCGACAACAAGGACACAAACGGCUUUGUAAAGGUCGUCGCCACGACCUCGUACUUGCUCGACCAGCUCCCACAGCACGUCUGGAUGGAAGAUGUCGAGUCACCGCCUCCGUCCGCCCACGAGGAGGCCAGCAAUCGCGAUUUCAAAGAGGGUCUGGGCGACGACUCGCCUCCGACGCUCAAACCGGCCAAUGCCCAAGAAAUCGACCGCAACAACGUGAUUAGGGAACUCAUUGAGACGGAAAGGAAAUACAUUCAGGAUCUAGAAGUCAUGCAUAACUAUGCAAAGACUCUCAUGACGCAGAAUAUCGUCGACCACGAUACCGUGCAUCAUCUCUUCCCCGGUCUCAACAAGCUCCUCGACUUUCAGCGCAAGUUUUCGAUCGAGCUUGAACAGCAGUAUGAGCUUCCUUGGGAACAACAACGCUGGGGUCGUUGUUUCUCGCUGAAUGAACCAAACUUUAGCGUCUACGAACCAUAUUGUGCAAAUUAUACCAAUGCCGCCGAACUCGUACUCGCCGAAGAACCACAUCUCAUGCAAUUGACGCAUAUCAUCAACCCAAAAUCAGAAUUGCCGGCAUUCUUGAUUAAGCCCGUACAGCGCAUUUGCAAGUACCCGCUUCUCCUCGAGCAGCUCGUGAAACGAUGCCCCGCAAAUCACGAGCACUAUGAAGAGCUCGUCGAAGGAGCCGCGUCGUCGAAGCGCAUCGCCGAUCGAAUCAAUGAAGCCCAGCGUCGUGCAGAAAACGUGGCCACAGUCAAGCUCCUCGAGAAGCGUGUCGAGGACUGGAAGGGCCAUGCUCUCAGCAACUUUGGCGAGCUCCUCCUCGACGAUGUCUUCAUGGUCACCAAAUCUGGCGUCGAUAGAGAAUACCACGUGUUUCUCUUCGAAAAGAUUAUUCUAUGCUGCAAAGAUGCGACGGCUCCAAGCGCCAAUAACAAGAAAGUUGGCAAAAGCAAUUCUAUCCUCAAGAAGCAGUCCACAGGCCCUGGAGUCCCGCCAGGCGGCUUGCUGGCUGGUGGAGCUGCUGCGGCAAAGAAAAAGACGACACCGCUUUUGCUCAAGGGGAGAAUUUUCUUGAACAAUGUAACACAGGCCACGCCUACCAAUCAACCUACUCCCUAUUCGUUGCAAGUCUGGUGGCGUGGAGACGAUGACCUCGAAUUCUUUACGCUCCGUUGCCGCACCGAGGAGCAGGUAAAACAAUGGGAAACCGUGAUUACUCGCUUGAUUCAGGAAGUGCAAGCCAAGCGAGAGGAGCGCAAUCAGCGUUCGUCUCAAGGCGGUCAAGCCUAUCACUCUUCCCAUGGCUCUUCUGCCCACGAACGUAUGCCGUCAGAGUCGACAUCCUCCGUAUCCACUCUCCCACCAUACUCUGCGAAUCCCGUGCAGAGGCGAGCGUACGGCUCCUAUUCGGAGGAAAAGAGCCAGAACCAUUACGGCGCCUACAAUGGAGGCUCCUACUAUGGUCACCAGCCUCAGUCUGCUCCCAGCUACCACAACGGAGAUGUCCGGGACGGCUUUGAACGGGACGACGACAUUGACGAUUAUGACAGCUCUGCCGGCGGCUACACGAACGGACGAUCCACUCCGGUUGGCGCAAAUGGGCGACGAGGUGCAGGGAUGAGCAUGCCUCCGGAACGAGACGGGCCUGCGGGUUAUGAGCGCUCCCGCGUCAAGACGGAGGACGCGUCGACGAUGGCUCAGUGGCGACAACAGCAUGGCGCCAACGGAAUGUCUCUACCCCCUCGCCCGUCUGCGUCUCGGAACAUCUCCAAUGCAAGCGGUGUGUCGACGCAGAGCUUCCAAACUGAAUCCAGCUUUGGCAACGGCGUCGGCACUCGACCAAAUCAACCCAUGUUGCGCAACCAGCUCAGUUCAGGCCGACUUCGUGCGCAAUAUGAGAGCGGAUAUGACGACGGAUCGCGGCAUUCGUCGGGCAACCCGGCUAGGACGAGAGCUAUUUCGAACCCGUCUGCGUCGUAUGCUUAUCAGCACCAGGCACAGGCCCCGCCAGUGCCUAUCGCACCUCAGUGGACGGGUGGUUCUCAGUCGAGCGGGGGUGGUGUAGAUCGCUCGCGUAUCGCGUCUGGACCAAGCCGAGAGCGCCUCGCUACCAAUGGGCGCAAUACUAGUUCGCUGGGGAUGCGUAGGCCUAUCAGUGGUGGUUCGAGUGAUACUGGAGAGGACUCAGAACAGUCUCCCAUCGGCAAUUCGCCCAUGAAUCAACAGGGCGGAACGCUGCGAGGGUCUAGGAGCCAAGUGUUCAAUGGACAACCGAACCACGCGGUUGGGUACGGCCGCAAUGGUUACGCAUCGGCUACCCCAUCGUAUGGCAACAAUGCCUAUCCGGGCUCGAAUCGUGGCCCCCAAGAGGAAAAUGAACCACCGGUCAAGAUUAAAGUCUAUUGGCUCGACGAUCUGUUUGUCAUCAUGGUCCCUCGAACGACGAGCUUUGACGAACUGGUUCAUCGCGUCCAACGAAAGAUUCGCCUGUGCGGAGGCGGGAAUACCGACGGGCCGUUGCGGCUCAAGUAUGACGACGAGGAUGGGGAUCAUAUCUCUCUCUCGACUGACGAAGAGCUUCAGAUGGCCUUUGAUAUGACGCUCAGUCGUAGUACUGGUCAAGGCCAACUGACUCUCCGAGUUCACUGA